AUGAGCAUUCAGAUCUCACGUCUCACAGAAGCCGACAUUCCCGGUGUUGUCAAGGCCAUCCAGGAAGCCUUUGACAAUGACCCGUACAACAAUUGGGUCUUUGAUAAAUCUAAGUUCAACGCGCAACGAAAUGCCGUCUCCUUGGGCAUUCGCUGCAAUUGGGGCAUUCGCAAUGCCAUGUUUUACGUGGCCAAGGAGGAGGGCAACGACAAGGUGCUAGGGGUCUCGAUGUGGUUGCCCCCUCAGAAAGCCGGCGAGAAACAGUCAUGGGGCGAUUGGUUUGAAGGCUGGAGGAUGUGGUUAGAGCAGGUGGGAAUGAAUCUUUGGUAUGGCCGCGGCGGACUGAAUGUGAAGCGCUACUACAUCUGGAAAGAUGCCCAGAAAAAGGCACAGGAAAUUGUCUGGACAGACCCAAGAGGCUACUACUUCCUCAACAUCAUGGUCGUCAUCCCCGAAGCCCAAGGCAAGGGAAUCGGCAAGAAGCUGGUAACAGUUGUCACAGACAAAGCUGAUGCAGAGGGCAUGAAAUGCUACCUGGAGUCAAGCAAAGACAAGCCAAACAUGCAAAUAUACGAGCGGAUGGGGUUCAAGUUUGCUGAGGCUCUUGAUUGCGAUGAUAAUGGAGCCGUGUGCAACCUAUUUUGCAUGGUUCGUGAGCCGAAGCCAAUGUGA